AUGCAAGACACGGGGGAACACAUUCCAAAUUUGUGCGUGGUGCAACUAGGAUGUGGACGAUGCAUCAGUGAAGUGAGCAAGAACUUGUGCGAACACUGUCCAUGGAGAGAAGAAGGGUAUGGUCCCAGCCGUGAGAUCGUGUUUCGAGGCCCCACCACGCGACAUGAUGUGUGUGUGUGGUUGACCACGUUGUCUGAAAUACCCAAGAAGAAGCCCCACCCAGAGGAAGAGGAGGGCAGCACACGCAAGGGGACGACAGCUCACCUGGGGAAAAAAAGAAAACGGGAUGACACCCCCUCAAGAAAGCACGCUUCCAAACGACAGGCAUCACCCCAGCAGGAGGGGGAGGAGUUGGGGGAAGAGGGGGAGGAGAUGGAAGAGGGGGAAGAGGCCAUGGAAGUGGAGAAAACAAAGAAGCCAAAGAACAAGAACACCUCCUGUCAUACAGUCCCGAAGGAGGAUCGCAUUUAUGUGAUGGCCCAUAAUGCACGAUCCUAUGAUUUACACUUAGUCCUGAAGGGUCUGUCCCCCCUCCUGGUGACACUCCCCACCAAGAUCCGGCAUGGCCAACAAAUUUUGCAGAUGACCCUGGGACGGUUAUGUUUCGAAGACAGCUUAAAUUUCAUCCCUUACCCCCUGAAAGCCUUUCCCAAGAGCUUUGGGCUGAAAGAAAUGAAGAAAGGGUACUUUCCACAUUUUUUCAAUACGAGAGUCAACCAGACCUACAGAGGUCCCUAUCCACCAGCCGUCACGUACGAUCCCGAUGGCAUGUCUCCCACAGAACGCACAGCCUUCCUCCAGUGGCAUACCCAAAAAGUGCAAGAAGGAGCCUUGUUCGACUUACAAGGAGAACUUUUAACCUACUGCCAAAGCGAUGUGGACAUUUUGAGACGGGGAUGCGCCGACUUCCGACAGAACGCCAUUCACUCGGUGGGCAUGGAUCCCUUUGUGGAAGUGAUGACAGCUGCAGCGUUCACCAUCAAAUCCUUCCGAAAACACGACCUGAAACCCAAUACCAUCGCCAUUCUCCCCCCUCAAGGUUACCAACCCAAGAGAAACUAUUCCCAGGCCUGUAUGCACUGGCUCCACUAUCUGAUGGAAACAGACCCCCAUCUGCACCUCCAGCACGCCAGGAAUGGCGGUGAAAAAGAGUUCACGUGUGGAGAGGGUCAACAUCGGUACACCGUGGAUGGCUACGAUCCAGCGACAGGCACCGUCUACGAAUUCCUGGGCUGUUUCUGGCAUGGGUGCCAGGCCUGUCACAAGACCCGACGUGGAGAACCGCAUCCCGUCCUGGGCUCGUCGUUGGGAGCCCGUUACACCGACACCCACUACCGCUUGAGUCUCUUGAGUCAACACCCUGAGGUGAAACGGAUCGUCACCCUGUGGGAGCACGAGUUUACGAAAAUGCAACGGGAGGACUCCGCACUGCGUGCUUUCUUGCAGGGACCCCGCUGUAUCCACGUCCCCGGGCCGCUCAACCCUCGCGACGCCUUCUAUGGAGGACGCACCAAUGCGACGCGAUUAUGCUACGAAGCCCAAGAAGGUGAAACCAUCAAGUACAUCGAUAUUUGUUCCCUUUACCCCUACAUUUGUAAGACCGGAGCGUUUCCCACGGGACACCCGACCCUUCUCCAUCAACCCCCUGUGGACACGUUGUUUGAACUGAAAGGUCUGAUCCAAUGCCGUGUCUUACCCCCGAAACGACUUUACCAUCCGCUACUGCCUUACAGAUCGGGUGGCAAACUGCUCUGUCCUUUGUGCCGCACGUGUGCCGACACCCGGUCAGACUCCCCCUGCGAGCACACGGACGAAGAGAGGUCAUGGGUGGGGACGUACGCCACCGUAGAACUACAGGAAGCCGUGAAGAAGUAUGACUACCGGGUGCUUCAGAUCUACGACGUUUGGCAUUUUGACACCUUUGCACAGCAUGACCCCGACACCCAGCAAGUGGGACUCUUUGACACUUACAUCGGUCGACAUUUCAAGGAGAAGCUCGAAGCCAGCGGAUACCCCGAAGGAUGUACGGAUCACGACGCGUACAUCCAGGAGAUCUACGACAAAGAAGGCAUUGGGUUGGACAAGGACCGCAUCGAAAAAAAUCCAGGACGUCGCACGAUUGCCAAGAUGCAACUGAAUUCGCUCUGGGGCAAGUUUGGGCAACGGGUAGACUACAGUCAGAACGUGUAUAUGAACGAUCCUGUACAGUACUUUGCCUUGUGGAGGGAUGAACGCAAUACCAUCGAGGAUGUGGUCGUUGUCAACGAACACAUGGUGGAAGUGACCUACACCCAGCAGAAAGAAUUCCAAACCCCUCAUUCUCAUUUCAACGUUGCCAUCGCUGCUUGGGUCACCGCCCAAGCACGUCUCAAGCUGUACGAGACCCUUGCCCUGGUGGACCGCAGGGUGUUCUACUUUGACACGGACAGCGUCAUUUACAUUCAUCGACCCCACGACGCGAAUCCAGAGCUGGGUCAUUCGUUGGGUGAGUUUACGGAUGAACUGGACGGAAACACCAUCAAGACGUUUGUGUCGGGAGGCCCCAAAAACUAUGGCUACGAGUUAAUGAACCCCAGACCCGAUGGAACGCGCACGACCUGCAAAGUGCGAGGGUUCACUUUGAAUUACCGAAACCAACGCCAUCUCAACUUUGACACCAUGAAAGGACUGAUACUGGGACAACGGCCUGGGAAAGAGGAGGAGAAAAUCAGUUUGGAUUACCCUCAUCAGAUCAUUCGAAAAGGCCCUCGGCACGAAAACGCACUCGUGACCCGACCCACCCGAAAAGACUAUCGUACCGUGUACGACAAGCGACGCAUCGUCUACGACGACAUCACAGGGCUACCUGUAGACACGCUCCCCUUUGGGUACAGAGACGACUUUCACUAA